GUGGUCACCUGGCUGCAGGGUCCAGGUUCAGAGCUGCUGAAGACUCAGCAGGCGAUUGGAGACUCAAUGCGAGCGGCUCAAGCACUGCAGCAGAAACACGAGGAGAUCGAGAGCCAGCACAGUGAGUGGUUUGCUGUGUACGUGGAGUUGAACCAGCAGAUCGCUGCCUUGCUCAGUGCCGGGGAGGAGGAGGAGGUGGUGGAGCUGAAGGCGCUGCAGCAGCAGCUGAGCGACGUCUGCUACCAGCAGGCGGCUCAGCUGGAGGGCCGACAGAACGUCCUGCAGGCGGCGCACAGCUUCCACAGCACCACACAGGAG